CGGUGGUGGUCACGGACAUCGAGGGCUACUCGGACCUGAUGAAGCAGUCCCCCGAGCUCAUGACCCGCGCGCUCACACUGCACAACGCGCUCAUACGCAAGGCUCGGUGGUCCUGUUUUGGCUACACGGUGGAGCAGGAGGGCGACUCGUAUGUGCUGGUGUUCUACGAAGCGCUGGAUGCGGUGUGCUUCUGUUUGCAGACCCAGCAGUCCCUCAACCGGCAGGUGUGGCCGGAGGGGCUGUUCGCGCAGGAGACCCGGGAGCAGGGCGGCGGGCGCAGGAGGUCGCCGGGUCCGGGGUUGCUUACAGCGCUGUCACAGCUCACCACCAACAUCACCCACUCGCUCUUCAGCCGCAACAGCGUGUCGGGACAUGCCGGCACGGAGGACCGCUCCCUAUCCCUGGGCGUCCUCCCCUCCGCCUCCCGCCGCGCCAGCCAUAUGUCAGCUGACGGCGGCCGCCCCGAACCCACCCGAUCCGAACCCGCCCGAUCCGAACCCACCCGAUCCGAACCCAUUCGCCCCGACUCCCGCGCUAGCAGUGGCUGCGUGACACAUGCCACGGGCAGGGAGGCAAGCAUGGGAGCAGCGGCAGCACCACAGGCGCCGGCGGGGGCGCGGGUAGCAGCGUGUUUUCUGGGUUCGCCGCCUUCGCCGCGGGUGGAGGUGGCGGCGGCGGCAAGAGUCACCACAGCGGGGGAGGGGGUGUGUUGUUCAACGGCAUCCGAGUGCGCAUGGGGAUUGCGACUGGGCUGCUGCCGCCGGGGUGCAUGUGCAAGGGCUCGACAGUGAUGGAUCUGGCCAAGAUGGUAUCCGACGCCGCCAACGGGGGUCAGAUCCUGAUGGAGGAGGCCACCUUUGCGGAGAUAAAGGAGCGCAUGGAGGAGCUGGGUGCUGUGGACCACAACGGCCUCAACUUCAAGAAACUCAACGCCAUUCGGCCGCCCUGCACAGGCUGCUUCGGCAAACGCCGCAAGAGCCGCCGCGGUCCCGACGAGGCCCUCCUGCUUGACAUGGGCGAGUACACCUACUGCCCCGCCACCCGCUGCCUGCCACUCUUCCAACUCGACGCAACCAUCCCAACCGCUCCCGACACACCCACCGGAACCAGCGG